CAAAGAGGAACCACCAACCUGUCAUGUCAGUGUGUUUAAUGACAUCUGAGUAGCAGGAGGGGCGGGGAAGGUUAAAGCCUAAGACACUUAAACUCAAGCUAGAUCAGCCCUUCAACUGUCUGUUCGAACAUCACAUCUCAGCUGUCGGGGAAAAUAUGGAUCUCCAAAACUUUAGAAAUUUGAGGGAGAAAUGCAUCGUGAGGCGGGACAUCAUCAGAGAGUUUCUGGCGGAAUUACUGGGGACCUUCGUAUUAAUACUCUUCGGUUGUGGUUCAGUGGCCCAGACUGUUCUCAGCAGGGAAAAACAAGGAGAAAAUCUCACAAUCCACUUUGGCUUUACUCUAGGGGUGAUGUUGGCUGUGUACAUGGCAGGAGGCGUGUCAGGUGGACAUGUGAACCCAGCUGUUUCUUUGGCUAUGGUUGUCUUGAGAAAACUCCCAUUAAAGAAAUUUCCUGUCUAUGUGGCAGCCCAAUUUCUAGGUGCCUUUGCAGGGUCUUGUGUUGUCUUCUGUCUGUACUAUGAUGCCUUUACAAGUUUUGCUAAUGGAGCAUUGAUUGUAGUUGGUGAAAAUGCCACAGCCGGUAUCUUUGCCUCAUAUCCACGGGAAGAUCUCUCAUUGUUAAAUGGUUUCGUUGAUCAGGUGAUUGGCACAGGCGCUCUAGUCCUCUGUAUUUUAGCCAUUAUAGACAAGAAAAAUAUUGGGGCACCUAAAGGAAUGGAGCCACUGCUUAUUGGUCUGAGCAUCCUGGCUAUUGGAGUGUCCAUGGCGCUGAACUGUGGCUAUCCCAUCAACCCUGCCAGAGACUUGGGACCUCGGCUCUUCACUGCUAUGGCAGGUUGGGGACUGGAGGUGUUCAGUGCUGGAAAUAGUUGGUGGUGGGUUCCAGUGGUCGGGCCGAUGAUGGGUGGUGUGCUUGGGGCACUGAUCUACUUCCUAAUGAUUGAGUUGCAUCACCCCGAGCCUGAAAGGAACCUUGAAGAUGACAACAGCAUCAAAGAUAAAUAUGAACUGAACACCGUAAACUAGAAAGAGAGCAAAAGUAUCUCUUCCUUCACCAUAGACCUCAAACAAGAUGCACUGUUACUUUUACGCACUCUCUCCUUUUCUGUCUUUUCCUCUAGAUCUGUUUUCUAAGACUUUUGCCAAGUACUUCAAUGAAACCAAGCAGCUAUGAAAGAAAACAAGCAUCAUUUAUCCAUAAUUCUAGCUUUUUUGCAUGCUCUUAACACAUCACCAUUUAUUCUAUCAACAGAAAGAAUCAGGUAUUUAAUAAAAGCAUCCACAGUUUAUGAGUAUGUACAAACAUUAAGUGUCACACCACUGCCAGUAAAAGAUUACAGGUGCUAAUAGAUCCUUCAAAUGAACAACUCUGGAAUGUAGAGAUAAUCAUAAUUUUCAACUGGUUUCUCGGGUUUCUUUUUCUCUUCAUACCUUUUUCUAAUGCUUCUACUACUUGUCUUAACUUUCGCAUACAUCUGACAACCCUAUAUCUUGUCAUAAGCAAAAAAAUGUUUUUCAGCUCACUGAAGUGAGACUCUUACUUUCCACUCUAUUUACUCAAAAAUGAACAGGCAUCCUUGUCUGUAAACUGUUAAGUCAGGAUGAAUCAACGCUACACAUGAAGAGAUGAGCAACUAACUGCAUGCAUAACUGUUGAUAAGGUAACAUGCAUGAGGUAACCGGGAGAACGCUGCCAUGCAUGCUAAAAAUAUAUUUGCAACAAAGUAUUACAUAUUACAUAUAAUCUUAAGAAGAAAUAAAUGUGUAUUUAUGCUACAAUGUGUCAAAAUGUGGAAAAUCAAAAAGCUUACAAGAGCAGUAUUGUGUAUAAUAUUACGUAACUUAAUGCCAUUGUUUCAAUGCAUCACAGCUUUGUGAAAAAAUAAUUUAAUGUUUUUUUUCUCUUUUUAAAAACAUAGUAUUUUAUUUAUCAGCUCUUAAAUUAAUUUAUAGCAGUUGUUUGUACAAUUCAAAGAGAUCCUAUUGUAUAUUUCAAUAUUUUUGUCUUUUUAUCCUGUUAUUUCAGGUUCAGAUUUGUUUACUUGCUCUCUCCUAAAUGAAACAUUUUGAGAUUACUCUAUUAAAAAUGUUAAAAAUAGCAUUAUCGUUUUCCUAAUGUAGACCUUACAUAAUUAAAUA